UCGUCUUCUUCCUCUCCGCCUGCUCGCUUCCCCAACCCACUCACGCUUCCGCUGUGCCUGCCAGUUACCUUGCGCCUCACUGGAUCGCACCAACCCUCUCCCGCUCAUCGGACGGCGAUGCAGGUCGGGGACGGCGGUGGGGACUCGGCGGACUUGCGGGGCCGCCACCGGAUCCAGGCCGAGCUCAAGAAGCUCGAGCAGGAGGCGCGCUUCCUCGAGGAGGAACUUGAAGAGCUCGAUAAAGCGGAUAAGGUAUCAUCUGCGUUGCAAGAGUUUCUAAUAGCAAUGGAAAGAAAAGCUGACCCUCUACUUCCUGUAUCUGCUGGACCUGUGAAUCAGUCCUGGGAUAGGUGGUUUGAAGGUCCUCAAGAUCUGCGCGGAUGCAAAUGCUGGUUUUUGUGAUACUGGGCAAUAUUAUCAAGAGAAACAGCAAGAGGCGAUUCUUGCUACCAUUCAAGUGUACAUCAUUUUUUUUGUCCCCGCAGUAUAACCAGUAUCCAUUUGAGGCGAGGAUUCUGGAUGGCAUCAUCCAAAGAUCCGUGUAAGGCGUGAAGGACUCAGGAAAUGGCCUGAGAAGUGAGGACAGAAAUCUGGAAUUCAAAAGUGACAAACUUUGUCCUAACAUGUUCUCUGUAGACUGAACUGAACUCUUGUUGACUGGCAAUCAGUUUGUUUUGUGUUUAUCCAACCCAAAUGCCUUACUUUUCU